CCUGCAAGCGCUGCUGUGUAGAAAGAAUGAAUUACUUCCUUCCUCAGGAAACAGGGUUGCAAGCCGAAGACAAGCCAUCUCCCCAACCUGCACAAUCCUGUGGCCGAGGCCAGGCGAUGGUUGCACAAUAUAAGCCUUGCUAGGAAAGGCCCUGGGUUGCAAAACUAGCUGUUUUACUCGCAGGCCAUAUUCUUCUCUUCUCUCCACACAGCAGAAGGGGAAAUGUCUCCCCAAAGAGUUGAGAGUCCAACCUCUCUUCCUUGCAAAAGCUUCAAAAAGUCCAUACGGCUUGCAAUGGGAAGCAAUGGCAGACUUCAAGCCCCCUCUGGAACAGGACAACAGAGACACUUCCUUAGAGCUAACUGCUGGGGACAGAGAAACAGGAUUCAAUGAAGAAGAGGCCUCGGAAAUGUUGUCCAUGGAUCCCAUCCCUGAACUGUUCUUGCAGGAUGUGGGAAGCAAUGAAGAUGUCCCUGUGGAGAUGCAGGAAGUCAUGGUGGAGCAGGAACUGGACCUGGAAGAACCCCAACACAUGAGCAUUGAGGAAAUUGGGGAGCGCUUCCAGGAGUGCAUCAAUGCCGUGGAAGAGCUGGAGAGGGAGAGGGAGCGGCUUAUCCAGGAACUUGCACUGUUACGAGAACCAGCUCUGGAGGAAAUCAAGCAAGCCCAUGAAGAGGUCCUGGAAGCCUACAGGCUGCACGCCAAAGUCGAGCUUGAAAAGGUGACUUUGCAGGAUGAGAUUUGGCAAGUGAAACGAAAGCUCUUCCGGGUGACGCGGGAAUGCGUGGCCUGCCAGUACCAGUUGGAGACCCAACGGCAUGACGUGGCCCAGUCUGGUAUCUACUGUGAAGAACUGGAAAGCAGGGUCCGGGAACUGUCGGAGGAGCUGUCUCAGCUGAGAGAGACUUGCGAGAAGGAGAAGGAACAGUUCCGGCAGCGGCUGAAGGCCCCUCGGCGCCGAAGGGACAGCUGCUACCUGCAGGAGAGCCGGCGGCUUUCCAUGCAGUUUGAAAGCUUUGUCUUAGAGAGUCGUCAAGACCUAGAAGAACAUUACGAGCCUAAGCUGAUGCGUCUCUUGGAGCGGAGAGAAGCCAGCACUAAGGCUUUGCAAAAGACUCAAGGCGAGAUCCAUAGACUCAAGGAAACACUGAGGCCCUUGCAGGGAGAAGUCAGCAAGCUGCAGCUGCAGAACCGAAACCUGGAGGAACAGAUUCUCCUCAUUCAGCAAAAGCGGGACGAAGACAUUCUUCAGUACAAAGAACAAAUAGAGGACGUGGAAGAACGGCUGAGGGAACUGAAGAAUGAAGUCCAACUUCAGCAGCGAAAAAACCAAGAAUUGGAAGAGCUGAGAGCCAGCUUACACCAGGAGCUAUCCAUUUAUAAGAACUGCCUGGAAAUCUACGGACAACUCUGCCAGUCAGAAGCUAAACAAGAACAAAGCUGAGUCACGGACUUGCAAGCGCGGCGGACCUCUCUCUGCUUGCUUGCACAAGCAUCCUCCUUAGUGGGUAUGACAGAACUCCUACUAUCCGACUACUGAAGUAACCAGAUGUGUUACACUCAGUUCCAUAAAAACAUUUUGUACAGCAACCACAGCAGCCUAAUUGUCAAUACUGCUUUAACGUUACUCCUCUGUAUAACAACUGCCUGACAGCAGCAUUCGGUUCUUAAAAGAAUCUUUUUGUAAUUUCGCCCUGUUAUGGACAGAAAACAGGAAGUAAUUCAGAUUAAAUGUUUUUACACAGAGA